AUGGUGCACAAGCUAACAGAAGAAUAUGCCAAUCACGGCAUGUCGCUGAAAUGCGACAUCUACACCGAUGACGACUAUCCAAAAGACGCUCCUGUCUUUCUGUACUUUCAUCCCGGGGGGCUGGUUGACGGGAACCGUGAUCUUAUUGCGCCUUGGUUAGUUCAGUCGUGCAUCCAGCGCAAAUGGCCUCUAAUUUGCCCAACCUAUCGUCUUCUCCCCCAAGCUGGUGGGGAUGGUCUCCUUCAAGAUGCCUCAGCAGCCUACGACUUUGCACGAAGCUGGAAUACUCUGCCAAAAUUCCAAAGACGAGUCAUUGUGGGCGGUGCAAGUGGUGGGUUCUUCAUGGCCGCCAUCAUCGCCCACCACUGCAACCCCAAGCCUCUCGCUCUCCUCUCCAUCCAAGGCAUAAACACCUUCCGCCAUCCCUUCUUCAACUCAUCCCUCUUACUCGCCGAACAAGAAAUCCCCCCUUCCACAAUGGAGAAAUACAUCACGACUCCCAUGCAAAGCGGCGACGACAUGCGUCCUGAUGAAUCCGCCUUUGUCCUCGACAAACUAACGCCCAACGGCGCCAAGAAUCCUAAUUACACCCCUUCUGAAGCUGGAUCAGAGAAUCCUAGUAUUUAUCGCGGCAUGCUAUAUGACUACUACACGUUUAACAACUCCUUUGUCGAUCUGGUUGGAUCUGUAGAUCCCGGAUACCAGUGGGCGAAACUUCCUGAUGCCAAAGACCGGGUUGCGCAAUGGCCCAGGACAGUCAUCUUUCAUGGCAACAAUGAUCCUGAUGUGGUGCUCAACGUAAGCGAGGAUAUGCGCGAUUGCUUAGGCGAGGACAAGGUCACGCUCAUCGUUGCCGACGGACAGCCUCACUUGUAUGAGCUGGAAAAAUUCAUCGACGACGACGCUCCGGGAAUGGACGUUGUGAGGCAGUCUGUAGCACGGUUGGAUGAGAUUGUGGCCUCAGCAUGA